AUGGGUGUGCCGUCGUUCUAUCGGUGGUUGACGAACAAGUAUCCGAACGUUGCGGUUAAAGCUACUGAAGAUGAUGAAGGAGAGUGCAUCAACACCUCCUUGCCAAACCCUAAUGGCAUCGAGUUUGAUAAUCUCUACCUCGAUAUGAAUACGAUUAUCCACAUAUGCUACCAGCCCGAUGAUCAACCUUGCCCUCCAAAAACCUUCGAAGAAGUAUUCAAUAAUAUCUUUGAAUACAUUGACAACCUUUUCAGUAUCGUAAGACCACGGAAGUUACUUUAUAUGGCAAUAGAUGGAGUUGCUCCAUGGGCCAAAAUGCAACAACAACGAUCUGGACGUUUUAGGAAUAUUAAGAGGGAAGCCGAUUUUGAGAGGCUAAAAGCACAGUUUGAAAUAGAAGGAAAACCGGUUUUUCUUCAUCAUGGGAGACAAGAAUCUGAAGUUUCAGAUCACAAUAUAAUCACUCCAGGCACAGAAUUUAUGUACAAAUUGUCGAAGGCCCUCAGAAGCUAUGUUAUUUCACGUAUAAACACUGAUCCAGGCUGGAGGGACAUCAAGGUUAUUGUUUCUGAUGCCAAUGUUCAUGGUGAGGGCGAACAUAAGAUAAUGUCUUUUAUUCGCCAACAGAGAAAUGUUAGUACUGGAUAUAAUCCAAAUACAAAGCACUGCGUCUAUGGUAUGGACGCUGAUCUGAUAAUGCUUGCUUUAGCAACACAUGAAGUUCAUUUUUCCAUUUUGAGAGAGGAGCCUCCAUCAAUCCAAGAAAGCUCAGAGGAGGAAAGGGCAUGGUUUAUAAAGCCUUGUGAGUUUGUACAUGUAUGGAUUCUGCGGGAAUAUUUGGAGCUUGACAUGAAAAUUUCUGAACCUCCAUCCAAUGUGAAGAUUGAUCUUGAGCGGAUAGUUGAUGACUUCAUUUUCUUGAGCUUUUUUCUGGGCAAUGAUUUCCUACCCCGCAUGCCUUCAUUAGAAGUUCGUGAGGGUGCUAUUGAUUUAUUGAUGAGUGUUUACAAGAAAGAGUUCAAGAACCUUGGUGGCUAUCUACUUGACAUGAGCAGGCUUGUUCAAGAUAAACGGAAGGGAUAUAUAAACCUAUCCAGAGUGGAGAAGUUCAUUCUUUUGGUUGGCUCAUACGAAGAUAAAAUUUUCAAGAAAAGAUCAGAAAUUCGGGAGCGUACACUUAGAAACCUUCGCAAAUAUUCAGAUAAUCAAGAUGAAGAUGAAAAUGAAAGUGGUAAUAUGGAUCAGAUUGGUACAAGGAACAAUUCUCAUUCAUCAUCCAGUGAGAAAGCUCCAACUUCCAGAGAUUCAGCAGAAAGUAUCGAUUUUUCUGAAGUGUUGCAGAUUGUUAAAAAAAAUAGAAAAGAGUUUAGAGCAAAGUGGGAAUCUAAUCAUAACUCUGACCUAUUUAAGAAUGAUCGUUUGCCGUCGGACAAAGUGAGAUUGGGGGCUGCUGGCUGGAAAGAAAGAUACUACAAAGAGAAAUUUUUUGCAGAAACCUGGAGGGAUAUUGAAAACCAAAGAAAAGAAAUAGUAAAGAAGUACACUGAAGGACUAUUGUGGGUUCUUCUAUAUUAUUUUUCAGGAGUCCCAUCAUGGUCAUGGUUUUACCCAUACUACUAUUCACCAUUUGCGUCAGAUUUUAAGGGACUUGCUCAGGUCCGUGUAGAGUUUCAAAAGGGUUCCCCAUUAAAACCAUUUGAUCAACUAUUGGCUGUACUACCCCCAAAGAGUGCUCAUGUGCUUCCUAAAGCUUACCAGGCUUUGAUGACAGAUGCAGAGUCCAAGAUUAUUGAUUUUUAUCCUACUGAUUUUGAUAUCGACUUUGAUGGAAAACGUUUGUUGGGGCAGGGAAUCCUCAAGCUCCCAUUUAUAGAGGAAGAACGCCUUCUGUCUGAAACUAAAGAAUUAGAGAGGGAUCUACAGGGGGAUGAAGCACUGAGGAACAGAAACAAUGUCGAUCAGUUAUAUGUGAGUAGCACACACAAAUUGGCAUUCCAGAUUUUGUCACUUUCCCCAAAUCAAAACAAAGUGGUUGAGAUUGAUACCAGUAUCAGUGAUGGAAUUUCCGGUUUUAUUCAUCUUCCUAAUGAGGAUACUGAAAUAGUUUACAAUAAAGUCCAUAACAACAUUGAAGAGAACUGUGUCCUAUGUGUGUCUUUUGAUAUGCGUGAUGAUGUUGUGCAUAUUCCCCGCCUACUUGAUGGUGUUAUCUUUCCAAUUAAGAGUAUUACCGAUGGAGAUAUAAUAGAAACAGAUAGUAGCCCUGAUUCUGCUUCAACUCCUCCCCUAAUAUGAUGCAUGAAGGC